CUUCAUUACUGUCUCCCUCUAUACCUAAAACUUUAGGAUAACUUUUUAGUUUCAACUUCCAAUCUAAGGCAACUACAAUGGAUUUUCUUGGAUUUUCCCUGGUUGCCCUUCUCACUAUGUUCAGAACUGUGCAUGGUUAUGGAAGUGGAUGGUCUAGUGCUCAUGCAACUUUCUAUGGCGGUAGUGAUGCUUCUGGUACUAUGGGAGGAGCUUGUGGAUAUGGAAAUCUUUACAGUCAGGGCUAUGGAACAAACACAGCUGCACUGAGUACUGCUCUGUUCAACAAUGGACAAAGUUGUGGUGCUUGUUUUGAACUCAAAUGUGAUAAGGAUCCAAAAUGGUGUUUGCCUGGAUCCAUCAUAGUUACUGGUACUAAUUUUUGUCCACCAAACAAUGCUCUCCCUAAUAAUGCUGGUGGUUGGUGUAAUGCUCCUCAACAACACUUUGAUCUUUCUGAGCCUGUUUACCAAAAAAUAGCUCUUUACAGUGCUGGUAUUGUCCCUGUUGUUUAUAGAAGGGUUGCUUGCAAGAAGAGGGGUGGAAUUAGAUUCACCAUUAAUGGACACUCAUACUUUAACUUGGUUUUAAUUACAAAUGUUGGUGGAGCUGGUGAUGUUGUUGCUGUUUCAGUCAAAGGAUCUAAAACUAGAUGGCAAGCUAUGUCAAGAAACUGGGGACAAAACUGGCAAAGCAAUAGUUACCUUAAUGGUCAAGCCCUUUCGUUUAAAGUCACAACAAGUGAUGGCGAAACUCUUGUCUCUAACAAUGUUACUCCUUCCAAUUGGAAUUUCGGUCAAACCUUCAAUGGUAGACAAUUCAGAGCACCCAAAUCGCUCUAAACCUAA